AUGUCUUCGCAAUCUCAAUACUCAAGACCUUUGGUGGGGGUGACAUCCACCAUAAUGGUUCUAGGUCUCUUUUAUAUUCUCUACCAAAAUGAUUAUCUGGUCAUACAACCUUUACCUGCUACACGACUACGCCCGAAAAAAUCCCCAACAAAAGAAGAAGAAGCAGAAGCUCGCGCCGAGAGAGAAGCUAUCAGAAAUGCCAAAGAACUUUCAGUAUUACCAUUUCAAGAAGAUGCCGCAGCAGGGGAUGGUUCGGCUUGGGGAAGUUUUAUUGGCAGAUUCAACAACUUCUCUAUAAUGUCUGAUGGAAAGUGGAAAAAUAUCUCAGAAACGGUCGCCGGUUAUUCCGAAUUUAUAAUGCCCGAAUGGGCCAAACUUUUACCUGGAUAUAUUGAAAAGUUGAGAAGAGAAUUGAACAUGGCACCCGGUUCUUUAGCAGAUGACAUAUGGAAAGAAGCUCAAGAUCCAGAUAUCAAUCCUGAAAUCGAAUAUUCGGCUUCAGUACGAGUUUCGGAUGACAUUUGUGAUGAGGAAAAGAUGUUUUUACAAAAGAGAAAACAUGCGACGAAAAUAGCUCUGGCGAAAUAUCUUGGUCUUCCCGAGGAAUCCAUCCACCCUGAUGAUGUUCCAUGUAUUGCUAUGGUAGGAUCUGGGGGCGGUUUACGAGCUUUGGUGGCUGGUACGGGUUCGAUGUUAGCGGCUGGUGAAGAUGGUUUAUUUGAUUGUGUGACUUAUACCGCAGGUGUUAGCGGUAGUUGUUGGCUACAGUCUCUAUUCCAUUCUUCCCUUAGUGAACAACGCCUUGAUAAAUUGGUCGAUCAUUUGAAAGCUCGAAUUGGUGUUCAUAUUGCUUAUCCUGUCGAUGCGUUAUCCGCUUUAAACUCUGCACCAACCAAUAAGUUUCUUCUGAGUGGAUUCGUGGAAAAGCUCAAAGGAGAUCGUAAUGCCGAUUUUGGCUUGGUGGAUGUGUAUGGAUUACUACUGGCCGCGAGAUUACUUGUACCAAAAGGCGAGCUAGGUGUUAAUGAUCGAGAUCUCAAGAUAUCGAAUCAACGAGAUUAUAUCAAAAAUGGCGAGAAUCCAAUGCCUAUAUAUACAGCUACGGGAACGGCUACUGAGGCCACGAAAGAGAAAGCAAUCAAAGAAGCAUGGUUUGAAUGGUUUGAGAUAACUCCUUAUGAAAUGUUUUGUGAGGAAUUUGGAGCGGGAAUUCCCACCUGGGCUCUUGGUCGAAAAUUCGAAGGUGGAAAAGAUAUACCUCAUGAGGAAACAGGAUUGCGAACUCCAGAACUUCGAUUACCAUUACUUCUUGGAAUAUUUGGAAGUGCUUUCUGCGCUACUUUAAGCCACUAUUACAGAGAGGUCCGACCUUUGAUGAAGGGAUUGAUGGGAUUUGGAAGUAUUGAUGAUAUGAUUGAAGGACGAAAUGAAGAUUUAAGCAAAGUUCAUCCCAUCGAUCCAGCUAGUAUUCCCAACUUCGCAUACAAAAUGGAAGGGCAACUCGCGGAUACUGCCCCAGAAAUAGUUGAUGGAUAUGCAAGACAGCGUGGCAUAAAAGGUUGGCCGAUUGGGGUUGGCUGGCCAAAACCAAGCGACACAGCAGAGAAAACAGAAGAACAAUUAGAAGAAGCUCAAGCCAAGACCACCGCAGAAGCAGAAGCCAAACUCGAAGAAGCACAAGAGGAACAAAUGACACAUUUGGAAAAUAUGACUUCAAGCGAGCAGAAAUCAAGAAGCACAGACGCAGAAGAUAGUGAUGACUUGGGCUAUUGUACCGUUUGGGUGGGUACCACGGAAGAACGUAAAGAAACAGAUGAACCACCACUAUCCAAAGCGGUGAAGGAAGAUUGGCAAUUGAUGGAACCGGAUGCCGGUAUUGCAGUAGUUUAUUUACCCUUUCUUGCAAAUCCCAAGGUCGACGGUGUCGAUCCGGCUAUUAGCGAGUAUAUGAGUACGUGGAAUUUUGUAUAUACUCCGGAUGAUAUAGAUAAUGUGGUGAGAUUGGCAAAAGCGAAUUUUGAGGAGGGGAAAGAACAGGUUAGAGGGACGAUAAGAGCAGUUUAUGAGAGGAAGAAGAAAAUUAGAGAGGAGAGGGAGGAGAGGGAGAGAGAAGAGAGAUUUAGGAGGAAAGUUAGAUUAGGGACUGUUGGGAAGACGGGGGAUGGAGAUCAUUUUUAUUUGACUUGA